GUAUAUAUACAUAUAAAGCCCAUCCCCGGGAUCUUCAACGGUUAUCCACUCCUUCACUGUUUUCAGUUCAAUAUCAUAUUCUCUCUGUGUUAGCUUUGUGAGAGUCUGAGAAUAAUGGAUUCCGAACGCGGGCGUCAGGAGGGACACGGUGGUGCCGACCAGCAGUACUCCACCAGUGAGCUUAUGUCCAGCGCCAAGGUGGUGGCCGAGGCGGCGAAAUCAGGCUUCGGCAAGGAAUCCGGCAGCAUGGACAAGGCCAAGGUGGCGGAAGCGGCCGGUGAUCUUCUAGGGGGAGCUCGUCAGUACGGCAAGCUGGAGGAGAAGGGCGCGGGGCAGUACGUUGAGAAGGCUGAGGAUUACCUUCAUAAGUACGGCAGCGGCGGCGGUGGAGGCCACCAGUCGGAGAAACCAUCAGAAGAGUCAAAGCCAGAAGGUGAGUCUGAAAGCGGCGGCGCCGGCGGAUUCAUGAAGAUGGCUAAAGGCUUCAUGAAGUGAUAUUAAUAAUUAAAGUGAAAGCGGCGGCGCCGGCGGAUUCAUGAAGAUGGCUCAAGGCUUCAUGGAGUGAUAUUAAUAAUUAAAGUUAAUUAUGUGAAGAGUAGCGUAAAAGGGUUUUAUGUGUGCAGUGGUGGUGUGAUUGAGAGUUAGAGGCAUAUUUAUAACUGGAAACGGGAGGAAACUUGUGUCUGUAGUGAUGUGUGCGUACGAUGCUAGACCUGCUGUUACGAGCUAUGAUCUUACGAGUCCAUUAAAUAAGUGUGUAUUGUUGUUUGUAUUCCGUAUCUGCUCUCCUGAGCUAUAUAUACAUAUAUAUAUAUAUAUAGACAUA